ACGCCGCUUCCCAUGAUUCAGCUCCUGGUACUCUGCGUCAUGCGCCUUAGCGAACCGAUGGUCUUCACCUCAAUUCUUCCAUUCAUUGCGCAGAUGCUUCAUGAGAAUAUGCCACAAGUGCCAAAACGAGAGCUGGGAUAUUAUGCCGGCCUCAUCGAGUCCGUCUUUGCCUUAGUCCAGGUUGGCUGCGUCUUCUUCUGGGGUCGCGCCUCGGAUUCUUUCGGCCGCAAGCCCGUCUUGCUCAUCGGCCUCGUCGGCACCUUCGUGUCCGUCAACGCCUUUGGACUGGCCAAGACGCUGCCCCAGAUGAUUCUCGCUCGGUCCCUUGCCGGUGUCAUGAAUGGAAACGUGGCGGUGAUCAAGUGCGUGCUGGGCGAGCUGUGCGACGAGACGAAUCAGGCGAGAGCCUUCUCCUUUAUACCGCUCAGCUACGCGGUGGGGUCGAUCCUUGGCCCGAGCAUCGGUGGUUGGCUGAGCCAUCCGGUGGAAGGGUUUCCUUUCCUCUUUGGACGAUCGAUAUUCCUGGCUGAGAACCCAUACUGGCUCCCUUGCUUCUGCGUAUCGCUGUUCAACGUCGCAGGUUUCUUGACCGGGUUCUUUUUUCUUAAAGAGACCCUUCCAGCCCGCAGAGGCGAUCGCCAGUCGCCGACUCUGUGCUCGGAUGGUGACCAGGAACACAACGGUGGCGAAACGCCACGGAUCGAGAAGCCAUCGCUGUUGGAGCUUCUGAAGCCCAACGUUGUCGCGACGCUCGCCAAUGCCUGUCUCAUCAACUUUGUCAACAUCUGCUACAUCUCUGUGCUUCCCCUCUUCUGCUGCAAGUCUGCCCCGGCGUCCUGGACAUUCCGAAAAACCUCUUACAUUGGACAUCUGCUUGCCGUGAAUGGCUGCAUCACCAUCUUCAUCCAGCUCUUUGUAUUCCCGCGGCUCAACAGGUACAUGGGCGGUCCGCACACCGUGUUGCGAUGGUGUCUCAUCACGCUCCCCUUCGUCUUUCUUUGCUUUCCCCUCGCCCAUGACGCCGCCCGCCGGUAUGGACGAGGGGCGACGAUGGGAGCGAUUGGAUUACUUCUCUUCUUCAAAGCGGCUGGUUCCAUGAUGGUUGUCAGCUCGACCAUCUGCAUCAACAAUGUCAUUCCCACCCGCGACGCUCUCGGCACCAUCAACGGAUUCAAUCAGAGCCUUGGAUCCCUUGCCCGGGCGGUGGGUCCGACGGCGUCGACAAGCCUCUUUGCCUGGUCCAUCAGCCAUCCUCAGAUACUCAAUGGCCAGCUCGUCUGGCUGGCCUUGGCCAGCGUUUCCAUCGCCACCUGGCGAGUCUCUGGGCUGAUGCACGGUGCCAACGAGAUCCAGUGGCGG